AUGUCACCUUCACCAAGCAAAAGACGCCGUCAAGAUUCUCCGUUUGCCGCUGCAAAUGCCGCGUUUGGAGAUCUCCAGGACAUGCAGUCGGUUCUCGUCGAGCGAUUUGAGAAGCUGGAAACCACCCUCAACUCCAUUAACGAACAUCUCCGAACCAUCGACAAUCGCCUUGAAUCCAUGGAUGUCCGCUUCAACUCUCUCGAUGCACGUUUCAGCGGUCUUGCUCAGGAAAGCACACUCAACUCUCUCUUCGAAGACAUCCGCGGUUAG